GACUUUUUCCGUAUUGUGUUCACAUUUAUUAAUACUAUGACAUUAAUUAAGGACAUACACGCGUACACACACACACACACACACACACACACACACACACAAAUGUACAGGGAAACAGAGGAAAAGAUCCUUUCAUUAUAAUUACUCUAUUGUUAUGCUACUAAAAAUAGUUUAAUACACUCUUUACUGAAAACUUUUAAUAAAAUUAUUUUAUAAUAUAAUAUUUACUUCAAAAUAUGUACUCUAAUAUAUUUUAAUAUAUAUUGAGUUAUGGAAUUACUAUUCAUAAAAGUCAAGGGCUGUGCUUGCGAAAUGUUGUCAUGGAUAUAGGUAACUUUGUAUUUAAUUGUGGCCAGGUAUAUGUUGCAUUAUCUCGAGUAACCUCUAUAGAAGGACUGCAUUUGAUCAAUUGUGAUCCUUCGUUAGUUAAAGCUAGUGAGGAGGCUAUUAUUGAGUAUAAUCGCUUAAAAAAGGUACAUAAAGCAAAAACAGCAUUGAUUACUGUUUCUAAGAAGAAACAUCAUAAAGUGAAAGAUAUCUUGUGGACUUCACCAAAGAUAGUUUCCCGUACUCAAGUACCAUGUAAAAAAUUUUUACAGAAUACUGCAUGGGUUAUAAAAGGUUUUCAAAAUACAGAUUGUGACGAUGCCUUACACGCAUCGUCCCUAAUAACAGCCGACACAACAUCCGUUGGCUGUAAACGGCGCUAAGCGCCAAACAAAUAAACCCAAACAUAAACAUGCGCCACGCCUAAAGACACGGAACGUCAACAACAACAUCAAAUGUAACGAGACGGUAUAUAAACCGUGGCCGAGAAAUAAGCGGAGAGACCGAUCCGGACCGCCGACCGAACUCGAUGCUUCAGAGCGGAGAGCAAGGUAUCCGACCGUAUCGUUUCUACCUCCCCGUCACCUUCCGAAACCACAGCGACGAAACCGGCACUUGGAGAUUGUGUGUUCGCUAUCUCCGUCAAGCGCUCUUGACACCGAUUUCGCCGUCCCAUCAGGAUCCGACGACCGGCCUACGAGUUCGUGUAUUCGCGAACCCGAUCGAGUCCUCUCGGUACCGAUCGUAUCCCGACCACACGAGCAAGCAUCCGAGCCAGUGUGUUCGCUGCGCCCGAUCGAACGUUGUCGAUACUUGCUUUAUUGCAUACGGCAAUACGCGAGUCGCCCGAUAUAUUGCGCGACGUGCUGCGACACGUCAAGAUCCCGCGUACCGCCGGACCCCCGUCGCCAUACGUCUGUUCGCAUCGCGAUUCGCGGAUUCUACGCGACUUGUCUCUUGCAAAGUGCCAAGUUCGCGCUAUUCGCCCCGCCUACCGAAUCGCGAGACCCGGCCAAGCGAAACCGGGACCCGAUCACUGCUGCCGUCUCGCGCCGAAACACGCGUAGCUCACACCGUUGCUCUGUAUUCUAAAGAUCGAAUAAAUUGUUAUUUGUUAUUAUUUGCUAGUGUCAAUCAUAUAACGAUCCUUGAUUCCGACGAGCGAUAUUUCCGGCGAUACGACCAACAACCAACGCGAGACGUACGGUUGUUACAAGAUAAAGUUUCAUGUUAUUUAAAUUCAAUAUUGCAAUGUUUAUUGCAUAACUGAUAUCAGACAAUUGUUUAUUUUGGAUAAAUCAAACGUUUUAGGUAAAUUAGCGUAUCAGUAUGAAAAGGGAAUGGCUCAAUUGAGUACGUAUGCAAUACGGGAAUAUUUAGAAGAAUAUUUUUCUGAUAAUAUAAAACGAGAUGCAUUUCAAUUUCUCACAGCUCUUUGUGACAAAUAUGAUUAUAUAAAAGAUUCACUUUUGUAAAAUAAAUACUAUCGACCGCUGCAAAACUUGUGAAAAUACAAAAUGUACCACAAGUGAGAAUAUUAUUUUUACAAUAUCUAUUAAUCAUUUGAAGGAGAAUAGUUAUAAUCUUCAAGAUUUAAUAAAUAUUACAUUUUUACACUGGACUAAAUGGUUUAAUGAGCCAUAUGAAUAUUGUGCAGGAAAUAUGUUAUUUAAAUAUGAAUUAAUAUCGAUGCAAAAAAUAUUUGUUGUACAUAUUAUAUUACAGGAUGAUAAGUCGAUGAAAAAAUAUAAACUUAAUUUAUGUGCUGUUCCAACAACCAAAGUAUUAAUAGCUGGGCAGUCUUAUGAGGUCAUGAAUGCUAUAUUUCACAAUGGAUCAAGUAUUGAUAAUGGUCAUUAUACAAGUAUAUGUAGAGAAGAAUCCUCUAAUGUCUGGAUUGAAGCUGAUGAUAUGCAAAUUAAAAAAAGAUUAUGGCCAAGAGGCUCUAAGGAUAUUGAUAUAUUUUUUUUGCAAAUAAUUAAUAAAUAAAUAAUAAUAUAUAAUAAAGAAAAUAAUAAAAAAUAAUUAAGAAAAUGUUUAGUAAAAGUAAUAGAAGACCAUCUUAUGUCUUGAAUAUGA